UUAUUUAUCCUAGUUUAAUGCUAGCACCUCAGGCAAACAAUUAUGUCUUUAGCGCCAUUUCUAAUUUGUUGUCUCGCCGUUGGUGCAACAAUGUCACAAAAAGUAGGUGUUAUGAAAGUAGGCGGGGCGAGAUUUGCCAGAGAGAGAAAGAGAGAGAGAGAGCAGUCAAACAGUGGUGUUGCCGGGCGCUGCUUUCAAACUUUAACUUUCCUUUCAGCGUGGCUCACAUGUGGACUAAUCCACCCGAGAACACGACCGUGGGAAGAGUGCUUUGGUGAGAAUAUUCUGACCACCCUUGCCCUCCAAAUGAAACCAAGACUGCCCAGCUGCCUUUUUGAACAUCUGGGAGCCGUUUAGAUUCCCUCCAGUGACUCAUCCAUCAACUUAAGCAUGGCCUGCGACGGGCUGUACCCCAACGUCACAUGCAACGAGAGCCUCACGGUGAAAGGCGACAGCAAUCCGGCCACGAGUAUCAUCAUGUUCCUGGCCGGCGUGGUGGGGAACCUCUUGGCGCUCUUCAUCCUGGGCGUUCACCGCAAAGAGCAUCGCUCCAGGUCGUCCGUCUUCUCCAUCCUGGUGACGGGGCUCGCCCUCACCGACCUGCUGGGCACUUGUCUCCUCAGCCCGUCCGUCUUCAUCUGCUACGCCCGCAACGUGUCCCUCAUCGGCCUGGGCGACGAGAGCCUGUGCCAGCUCUUCGGCUUCGCCAUGAGCUUCUUCGGCCUGGCGCCCACCCUCAUCCUCUGCGCCAUGGCGGUGGAGCGUUGCCUGGCCAUCAGCCAUCCCUACUUUUACUCGGUGCACAUCCGCCAAAGCUUCGCCAAGGUGACGCUGGUCGCCGUUUAUCUCUUUUCCCUGGCCUUCUGCCUUCUGCCGUUCGUCGGCAUCGGCAAGUUCAGGCAGUACUGCCCGGGGACGUGGUGCUUCAUCGACAUGGACGCCACGGGGGACGCCGAGCGGGUGCAGGCUUUCUCGCUGACGUACUCCUCGCUCAUGGCGCUGAUCAUCCUGGCCGUGUUCGCCUGCAACGGCUCGGUCAUCGCCAGCCUCUGUCAGAUGCACCGCAGCCACUUGAUACGGCGAGGCUCGGCCUGCUCCGCCGGCAGGAAGAGAAAGCUGAGCCUGGCGUUGUUCGGAUGGGGUGAGGAGGAGCUGGACCACCUGGUGCUCCUGGCGCUCAUCACCGUCAUCUUCGCCGUCUGCUCGCUGCCACUCACGAUCGCCGGCUUCAUCAACGCCAUCCACCCGUUUUGCGGCGACAACGAGAACCUGGCGGCCUUCCGCUUCUACGCCUUCAACCCCAUCGUGGAUCCCUGGGUGUUCAUCAUCUGCCGCAAAUCCGUCCUCCGACACCUGCGUUCGUUGCUGAGCUGCCGCUUCGGCCAGGGGGCCGGCGUCAAGACCCCGGCUCACUGCUCAUCCGCCCCCUUGCCCCUGGAGAGCCACGUGAUCCAGUACAAACCUCCGGAAGGGACGGAAAGCAGCUUCUACUCAGGUGUGCCCUCGUCACCCACUACAUGAUGUUCUCGAUUGCGCGUGUGGCGAAACGCCAAGAAAUAAACUCGGACAUCUCCAAACCUGCACUGUUGUCAUAAAGGCACAUUGACUCUUGAUUAGAGAUUCCACACCAUCUUUUAUUGACUGACUUGUCACAAGGUGAGACGUCUCUCGGAAAUUA